ACCCGUCCGGGAAAGUCGGCGAGGAGGAAGCCCCAGAGAAGGCACAGCUCCCGCCGCCUUGCUACCUGUCACCGCACGCCGCGGCGCAAAGGACAUGGCUGUCGGAUUCCGGCGCUGCCAGCUCGCCCUGAUCUUCUGGGUCGCCCUCGGAGGGGAGAGCAGGUUCUUGGAGGGGCGGCAGGAAGCCUUCGCGGACGGGCCGGUCUUGCUGUUCAACCAGGCGCUGAAAAGGCAACUCUCCGGCGAGCAGAUCUACCGUCGGGAGCUGCGAUGUCUUGACAUGCUAAGUAUAGAAGGCCAGUUCACCUUCACUGCAGACCAACCCAAGAUGCAUUGUGCAACAUUCUUCAUAGGAGAACCAGAGGAGUUCAUCAGUAUAGAUUUUGACUUUGUCAACAUUGACUGUCAAGCUGGAGAUUUCUUGAAGGUUUUUGAUGGCUGGAUACUGAAGGGUGAGAAGUUUCCUAGCUCUUCGGAUCACUCUCUCCCCACUUCUGAAAGGUAUAGAGAUUUAUGUGAAGCUGGAGCUAGCCCGACCACCAUCAGGUCAUCUCAGAAUGUUGCCAUGAUCUUCUUCAGGAUUCAGGAUGUAGGGAAUGGAUUCACCUUAACAAUAAAGAAGCAGCCUAAUCUUUUCCCUUGCAAUAUCAUCUCCCAGACUCCGAGUGGAAGGUUUACGAUGAUUGUUCCUCAUCAGCAUCGAAAUUGCAGUUUUUCCAUUAUCUACCCAACAUUGAUAAAAAUAUCUGAUCUUAGCCUGGGGCAUCUGAAGGAUUUUCAGUUGAAGAAAUCAGCUGCCGGUUGCAGGGGCACCGGAGACUUUAUGGAGUUGCUGGGAGGAAAUGGGUUAGACCCUUCUAAGAUGCUUCCAUUGGCUGAUCUUUGCCAUUCUUUCAGUGGCCCUGCUCAAAUGAAGAUUGGCUGUGACAACACCAUAUUGCGGUUAGUCUCAAGUGGAAAGCAUAUCAAUCAAGUAACCUUUGAAUAUUACCAGUUGGAUCAAUAUGAACAGGAAAACAACAGCCUCAACGAAUUUUGUCUUUCAAGCGUUUGAAAUAUUGGACAAGUCUCUCUUCGUGGAAUUAAUUCUGAGCAGCUAAAUUGAUGAAACACUUCUGCUGUCUGAGCACUUAUCUUUUCAUAUGAAAUCAUUAUUUCCAUGAACAUGAUUAGAACAGUAUUACUCAUAGCAUUUGCAAUACAUUGUCUUUUUCCUGUCUUUAGGAAUAUUGAAUAUAUCCAAGACACGCAAAUCUGUACAGAUUCCAAAAGCUGUCUUUAGGCAUACUUGCAUUCAUUGAAUCCAAAUGUGGUAUGUUGUUGCUGCAUCAGGGUGCCUGUUUUGAGGGGCCA